GGGGGCGAGGCGGCAGGGCGGAGCCUGCGGCUCGGGCGGGCGGGCGGCGACAGGGGCGCAGGCGGCAUGCGGGCCGGAGCAGCCACCGGCCGGGCGCACCGACGCCGCCGCGGGCACGCCUGAGCGGGCAGACGGGCGGCAGGGGCCGCGGGAGCGAGCGAGGAGGCGCGGGGCCCCCGCGGAGCGCGCCAUGGACGGCCCGGACAACGCCACCCUGCCCGCCGACCACGCCACCCUGCCCCCGGACGCGUCCUCGCUGCUGCCCGGCAACCUCACCCUGGCUCCCGGCGCCCUGUCGCCUCCCCCGGGCACCUCCAGCCCCGGCCCCGCGCUCAGCCUGUCCCCGGGGCCGGGCGUCUCCUUCAGCCCCGAGCCCACCCUGACCCCGGCGCCCGCGGGCGGCGUGGGGGGCCAGGGUUCGUCCGCCUUCCCCCGGCCCUGGGUCCCCCAUGAGCCCCCUUUCUGGGACACGCCGCUCAACCACGGGCUCAACGUGUUCGUGGGCGCCGCCCUGUGCAUCACCAUGCUGGGCCUGGGCUGCACCGUGGACGUGAACCGCUUCGGGGCGCACGUCCGGCGGCCCGUGGGCGCGCUGCUCGCCGCGCUCUGCCAGUUCGGCUUCCUGCCGCUGCUGGCCUUCACGUUGGCCCUCGCCUUCAAGCUGGACGAGGUGGCCGCCGUGGCCGUGCUCCUGUGCGGCUGCUGUCCCGGCGGGAACCUCUCCAACCUCAUGUCCCUGCUGGUGGACGGCGACAUGAACCUCAGCAUCAUCAUGACCAUCUCCUCCACGCUCCUGGCCCUGGUGUUGAUGCCCCUCUGCCUCUGGAUCUACAGCCGGGCUUGGAUCAACACCCCGCUGGUGCAGUUACUCCCCCUAGGGGCCGUCACCCUGACGCUCUGCAGCACCCUCAUCCCCAUUGGGCUGGGCGUCUUCAUCCGCUACAAAUACAACCGGGUGGCCGACUACAUCGUGAAGGUUUCCCUGUGGUCCCUGUUAGUGACCCUGGUGGUUCUUUUCAUCCUGACUGGCACCAUGCUGGGCCCCGAGCUGCUGGCAAGCAUCCCUGCAGCUGUUUACGUGGUGGCCAUCUUUAUGCCCCUGGCGGGCUACGCCUCGGGCUACGGCUUGGCCACCCUCUUCCACCUCCCGCCCAACUGCAAGCGGACGGUGUGCCUGGAAACAGGAAGUCAGAACGUGCAGCUCUGCACGGCCAUCCUCAAGCUGGCCUUCCCGCCGCGCCUCAUAGGAAGCAUGUACAUGUUUCCCCUGCUGUACGCCCUCUUCCAGUCCGCGGAAGCAGGGGCUUUCGUCUUAGUCUACAAGAUGUACGGGAGUGAGAUGCUGCACAAGCGAGAUGCCCCGGAUGAGGAUGAGGACACGGAUAUCUCUUACAAGAAGCUGAAGGAGGAGGAGAUGGCAGACACCUCCUAUGGCGCCGUGGGGGCGGACGACUUGGUGAUGAUGGAAACCACGCAGACCUCGCUCUGAACCCGGAGAUGCUCGGGAGCCUGUGUCUGGCCGAGAUAGCGCUUCCUGCCUGCGACGUCGCGGUGGUGCGGACGGCUCAUCUCCAGGAGGAGCCCGGAUUCACGUUUCCUGUAACAGAUUUGAUCUCCCCCCAGAUAACGUUAGUAACGUUGUAGCAGCCUUAGCCACGUGUUUUUCUAAAUCACCAGUCAGUGUUCCAACAGGCCUUACACCUGGGUCGGCUGGCGCGCCGCUUCCUCCGGUUAAGCGCGCCGUCUGGUGUUUUUGUUUGUCUGUUUUUCUGUUUUUGUUUUUUGUUUUUUUUUUCCCCAUUUCCACCACCAUUGCUGCAGAUAGAAAGCACUGUAUUAGAAAAAUGGGGUCGGAAAUGUAGGUGUCUGGUGCAUAGAUGAGUAAAAUUGUAAAACAAACACGUGUUUGCUCAGCUUACAAACACCUGAUGAAAUCCGAUUGUAGCCCGUACUGGGAAAAGUCCAAACGCGGGUCCAACACUGCAAUAUAAGAUUCCCUUGUCAAGCCACUAACAAGCUAGAGAAAGUCACAUUAAUGUAUGUGACUACUUGAUCUAGCGUCUACUGUAAACGACCACCAACAUUUU